AUGGCAGGUAAUGGCCUGCCAUCUCUGGGUCGUGUGAAGCUAACUGAUCUCGCUCCUGCUGAAGGUCUUCCAUCAGAUUCAUACAAACUAUCUGUUUCAACUUUGUCGCAGUCACUAGCUCAAUAUUCUGCUGCCAUCAUUCAAUUUCCAGUAAGUGAUGGGGCUCUUUUGAGAUCUGGUUUAGAUUCGGCUCGCCUCUACUUCCACCAGAAAGCAUCAUACCCAGCUGCAGAUAUGGUUAAUACCAAUGACCCUCGUGACUGGUGCAAGACUUCCGGUUAUUAUGCAGAUCCUCAAUUGUGGCUAGAAACCUAUGAUUACAGACCUGGACUCACUCCCUUAGAGCCCAACAACACAAUGGAAUUUCCUCCAGCAGGUUUACCAGAUAUAUUUUCACUGCUUGGAAAGGCAGCUCGGGAUAUAUUGGAUGCUAUCAGCUUCUAUUUGAACUUGCGGAGCUCACCAUUUACUAAAGUACUUGAUAAUGUUCCCUUAAGAAAUGGGGAAAUAUCUUCUUCAGUACUGUCUGUCUGCUGUCAUACAAGACCAUCAUUUCAGGGAGCACAACACCAUAAUUUUACGACUCAAGAGGAUGGCCAGUUGGUUAUGUUUUCUGACCAUGAGCAUCAAGUUGACAAAAGCUUGAUAUCUCUUGUCAAGUCAGACAAGGCAGGUCUACACAUAAAGGACUUUCAGGGUCGUUGGGUUCUUGUGGAUGAAGAUCUUGGUCCCCAAGAAGCUAUUGUUUACCCUGGCCUUGCACUCUAUCAGGCAACUGCUGGAUAUGUCAACCCUGCACUGCAAAGAACAGAGACUACUAAUAUUCAGAGCAACUUGUUUGGCCGAUGUUCUUUGGCUUUUAAACUCAUGCCUAAAUCCAUGACCAGUCUCAGUUGUUCAGAGAUGAGAGAUGCUGGUCAUGGGGUUGAAGCUCAGUUCCAGCUGCCAGUUCCAGUCGAUGACUUUAUGCAGAGAUCUCACCCAACUGAUCAACUUUUCAACAGACACAGUUUUCAAAGUUUCAAUUUCCAUGCAACCCAAGAAGGAUCUAUGAAGCCUUUGUUAAGGAGGAGGAAGAAUGAUUCGAGAUCAAAACCUCUGCCACCUUCCAAGAGAUUAAGGCUUGAGGCCCAGAGAGUUCUGAAGGAAAGGGUUCAGGACAUUGCAGACAAGAAGGGAAUCAAGCUGAGGUUCUGCAACCUGAAGGAGUGUGAGAAUCAUAUUCUCACACUUGAUAGCCCAUGUGCCAAUAUAAGAAUGGAGAUUGGGUGGCCACAUGGAGUGCCAUUUGUUCAUCCCCAUGAUCUACCCAAUAAGGCAAAGAUUGGUUUCCUUGAAGCAUAUGAACCUGGUUGGACAGCUACUCAUGAAAUGGAGUUAAGUCUAACUGAACCAGGACAGGCCAGUCAACACUCGGUUAAUUGUAAUUGCAUUCUUGAGAAAAGUUUAUGUUCCUUCAUUUCAAUAGUUGACAAAGUGAACAAGAUGGAUCUGGAACCUUCAUCUGCUCUUAUAUCAAUUGUGCUGCACUCUAAAAAGGCAAUGGAAUCAGUGAAGAGCUGA